AUGAUUAAAAAUGGGCCAUAUAAGAAAGACAGCUUUGAGACUAAGAUAACUGAUAACUUCGAUAAAAUACUUAUUGUAAGUAAAAACCCUAGUAAUAAGGAUAAUGAACAUACAAUUGUAAUGUAUUAUUCAUUCAAAUUAGAUAAUAAGAAAAAUCUUGAACCAAAAGAAGGAAAAAAUAAAAUAAGUAUGGCAAAAGAAAGUGAAAAUGAGUGUGACGAAGAGGAGUCUGAAGAAAAAGAGUCCAAAGAAGAAAAUAAUAGAAAUAUUGAAUUGAUAGAGAGAAAAGAUAAAGAGUUAGUUGAUGAAAGUGAUGAGGUUGAGGAUUUAAAUCCAAUAUUACUCUAA